AUGGCAUCUAUUCCAGUAUCAGAAUUAGCAGAAUGCGAAAAGCAAGAACUUUUAUGUACAUAUGCUGCGUUAAUAUUAUUUGAAGAAAAAAUGAGUAUAACUAGUGAUAAUAUUAUAAAACUUAUUAAAAAAUCAAAUAAUUCAGUUUUGCCAUAUUUACCAAUGCUUUUUGAAAAAACAUUAAAAGGAAAAGAUAUUGAAUCAUUACUAAGUAAUUUAAGUUUAGGAGGAGCUCCUUCAACAUCUGUUCAAGCUACAACAGAAAAACCAAGUGAAGAAAAAAAAGAAACUAAAAAGGAGGAGAAGGUAGAGGAAGAAGAAGAAGAAGACGAUUUAGGUUUUUCAUUAUUUGAUUAA